AGGCAUGUAAGAGGGCAAAAGCUUUAUGUGAGAAGGGAAUAAGUAUUCUUCCCCCUGCCAGUCUUAGCUGAGGGAACAAAUAACCAAUAUUGCUGCUGCCAUAUGCCUGCUGCUGUCACUUCCGGGUCCAUUUUGCACAGCAAGUAUUGAUGCUGUUUCACUAAAGUUGGGAGCAAACUUGAUUAUCGAUUGUGAACUUCUGAAAAAUAAUAAGCCAGAAAAAAACAGUGAGGCUACUGUAGGUAAAUCUGUCAGAUCGUGCAUCUACUGGUUGCCUCUUGGGUAAUAAGUGGUUGUACAGGCAGGUUGUAUAUUUUUAUAGUAAAGGUCGGACAAGCCGUGUCUGCCAAACACUGUAAUUUAAACUCCCAAGUACCGGUUUGUAUAUUAUGUCAGCUGUCACUAACACGUUUGAAAAAGUGAAAGCGGUUAUUUUAUCAGCUCAUGAGAGCUCCACACCAACAGAAAAGGUCAACUUCUACAACUCCUGGGCAGAGAACUAUGAUCAGGAUGUGGCUGUUCUCGACUACCGUGCACCAAGUCUGGCAGCGAACAGCAUCUCCUCCCAUUUUAGCAGCGAUCGCGAGGCGGCUGUCGUGUUGGAUGUGGCCUGUGGUACAGGACUGGUGGCCAAACAGCUGAAGACACAUGGAUUUGGACGUUUUGUGGGUGUUGAUGGAAGCGAGGUUAUGCUGGAGUUGGCCAGAGAGAGUGGAUUGUACCAGGACCUGAAGCAGUGCCUGCUGGGAGAGGAGCAGCUACCUGCCCAGUGGGGUUUGUUUGACGUGGUUGUGAUCGUUGGAGCUCUGAGCGUUGGUCAGGUCCCAGUGGACGUGGUAAGAGAGUUGUGCAAGUCCGCCAAACCAGGUGGCUACGUUUGCAUGACAACCAGAAGUAACCAUGACAACGUGGAAUACAAAGUCGCCCUGGCGCGUGAGCUCAAGCGGAUGGAGGAAGAGGGGCUGUGGACGUGUGUGGAGGUCACUGAGGUGGAGGAGUGGGAGAGAGCUGUGUCAGAGCAGGAGGACGGCUACAUACCUGGUGCUGUGUACCUCUAUAAGAAACUAUAGCUAAACUAUAUAACACUUGAAAUGUUCAUGGCUAAGUGGUUCAGUUUUGUAUUUAAUAAUUUGUGUGUCACACAAAGGCAAGUGGUAGAGAAGUUAAUAUCUGUUGUUGUCCUCCUCAUCAACCAUUUCAUAUUUCUACAGAUGUAUCAUGACUUGUUGACACGCAGUUCAGUCGUCUGAGCAGGAAAUGACUGCAUAAACAUGAGAACUGUGAAGG